AUGACUUUGGCGCAGCAGCAAAGCUACUACGAUCUCGGAUCGUACCACAGGUCAAUCAACACAGAAUCUCCCACCGCGCAGAAAUGGUUCGAUCAAGGCCUCAUUUGGAGCUACGGAUUCAAUCACCGGGAGGCGGCAAGAUGCUUCGAGGCAGCUGUCACCAACGACCCCCGUUGUGUCAUGGCUUACUGGGGCAUCGCCUUUGCCUGCGGCCCCAACUACAACAAGCCGUGGGAACUCUUUGACUCGGAUGACUUGAAGAGGUCCCUCGACAAAAUCCACACCGCCGUUGAGAAAGCGGAAGCAUGUUCCGCCACACCGUUUGAGCAAGCUCUCAUUAAGGCCAUCAAAGUUCGAUCCCCUCGCAAUGCUUCAGAAAAGAACUACGCAGCCUGCAACGACGCAUACGCGGAGGCGAUGAAGCCGGUCUACCACGGGUUUCCCGAAGAUUUGGAUGUGGCGGCCUUGUAUGCAGAUGCACUGAUGAAUCGGUGCGCGUGGAAUCUGUGGGAUCUGCACACAGGGCAGCCUACUCCGCACGCAAGCACACUCGAGGUAAAGGAAGUCCUCGAGCGAGCCCUCGACUCCGGUGGUCAGCGCCAUCCAGGCAUCCUCCACAUGUACAUCCACCUCAUGGAAAUGUCACCCACGCCCGAAGCGGCGAUACCCGCGGCGAACUGCCUCCGCGACAACCUCGUCCCCGACUCCGGCCACCUGCACCACAUGCCCUCGCACCUCGACGUCCUCGUCGGCGACUGGCAGUCCUCGAUAGCCGCCAACACGGCCGCCACGCGCGCGGACGAGAAAUACCGCCUGGCCGACCCCUCCAACACGACCGACUUCUACAUCUUCUACCGGCUGCACGACUACCACAGCCUCAUCUACGCCGCCAUGUUCGCUGGCCGCCGGUUCGUGGCCCUCGACGCCGUCGAGCGCAUGGAGCAGUCCAUCCCGGAAUCGCUGCUCCGGAUCGAAUCGCCGCCCAUGGCCGACUGGCUCGAGACGUUUCUCACGGUGCGCGUGCACGUCCUCAUCCGCUUCGGGCGGUGGGACGACAUCAUCGCGCUCCCCCUGCCUGCCGACCAGGCCCUCUACUGCAUGACGACCGCCAUGCUGCACUAUGGGAAGGGCAUCGCGUUCGCCGCGACCGCGCGCGUCGCCGAGGCCGAGGCGCAGCGCGAGCUAUUCUUCGCCGCGGCGAAGCGCGUCCCUCCCUCUCGUAUGGACUUCCCAAACAAAUGCGUGGACGUGCUGGCGGUGGCAGCGGAGAUGCUGGACGGAGAGCUCGAGUAUCGGAGGGGCAACUUUGAAACGGCAUUCAAGAAGUUAGAGGACGGCAUCGCGCGCGAGGACGCGCUGGUGUAUAGCGAGCCGCCGGCGUGGAUGCAGCCGAUCCGGCACGCGCUGGGUGCGCUGUCGCUCGAGCAGGGGAACGUGGAGCGGGCGGAGGCAGCGUACAAGGCGGACUUGGGGCUGAGCGACGCGCUGCCGCGGGCGAGACAGCACCCGAGGAAUAUCUGGGCGUUGCAUGGGUACCGUGAGUGCUUGGUGAGGCUUGGCCGUGAAGAGGAAACGAGGGCUAUUGGGAAGCAGCUGGAGGAGGUGAGCGCUGGUGCGGAUAUCAAGGUGGAGGCAUCUUGUUUCUGCCGAGGCGGGCGGAUUGUUUUGUAG